GCCGCAGCGCUUGCAGCACCCCUGGGUGUCUCGGAAGCAGUCGCGCCGGGUCCAUGGAGAAGGGCCCGCUACCAGCGGAGAAGCCGAGGGGAGCCAGGUGCACCAAUGGGUUCCCCGAGCGGGAGCUGCCGCGGCCCGGGGCCAGCCGGCCUGCCGAGAAGUCCCGGCCGCCCGAGGCCAAGGGGCCACAGCCCGCCGAUGCCUGGAAGGCAGGGCGGCCCCGCAGCGAGGAGGAUAACGAGCUGAACCUCCCCAACCUGGCGGCCGCCUACUCGUCCAUCCUGCGCUCGCUGGGCGAGGACCCCCAGCGGCAGGGGCUGCUCAAGACGCCCUGGAGAGCGGCCACCGCCAUGCAGUUCUUCACCAAGGGAUACCAGGAGACCAUCUCAGAUGUCCUGAAUGACGCGAUAUUUGAUGAGGAUCACGAUGAGAUGGUGAUUGUGAAGGACAUAGAUAUGUUCUCCAUGUGUGAACAUCACCUCGUUCCAUUUGUGGGAAGGGUCCACAUCGGUUACCUUCCCAACAAGCAAGUCCUUGGCCUCAGCAAACUUGCCAGGAUUGUAGAAAUCUAUAGUAGAAGACUACAAGUUCAAGAGCGCCUCACCAAACAAAUUGCGGUGGCCAUCACAGAAGCCUUGCAGCCUGCUGGUGUCGGGGUAGUGAUUGAAGCAACACACAUGUGUAUGGUCAUGCGAGGCGUGCAGAAAAUGAACAGCAAGACUGUCACCAGCACCAUGCUGGGGGUGUUCCGGGAAGACCCGAAGACUCGGGAAGAGUUCCUCACGCUCAUCAGGAGCUGAAUGAACUUCGGUGUGCACAUAGGACCUGGUUCGCAGACCCCACUGCUACCGGCGUUAUCUGUCUCAAUCAUGCAUUCCAGUUUCAAUUGGUACAGAUGUGGAUUUUGUUCCUCACCAUGAAUUGUAUUUAAUAAUUAUUUAUAGGUAUGUCCAAUAAAAGUAAUUAACUAAGGGGUGAGCAUUCUG